GGAAUGUAUUUUAGUUCGAGAAAUAUGCACUCGUAACCGAAUUACGUGUGUCGUGUAACAAAGUUGGCGACAUUGUUCCAACGUUUGGCUAUCGACAACUUUUUUGAUCCUUCAAUUGUUCUGUUGUCAGUUGUGGGUUAUCAACGAAGUCGAGAUAUAGGUUAAGUUGUGUUUAUGUUUGGAUUCAGUUUUUGACGCUGAAUUCCACUGAUAUGGCCGAAGAAAAUGUAUUUCAUAGUAUAUUGGAAGCGUUGGAGAAUAAUUUACGCGAAAUAGAAAGUGGUGACUCAAAACAAAACGAAACGGAGAUAUUUUCUUUAGAUGGAUUUUGGCUUGCUUUUUGUUUGACAACAAAAUCACUUUCUAAUGAAAUCACGAAACUUUGUAUGUUAUACUCCAAGCCGCCUCUACCUUCCAUGCGGGAGACACUUGAAAUUUUGAAAACCAUUGAAGGUAUUUGUCAAAAUUUGAUAGAAAUAUUUUACACACUUCCAAAAGCAAAGGGAAUAGUACUGCGUAAAGAAGUGCAGAAAUCUGUUAUAAAGCUUCUGCAGUCUGUAACUGCAGUAUUAAAUUCUCUGAAAGAUGCAACUGUUAAAAGUCAGAAAGACCGUUUGAAACUAGUGGGUUGGAUAUGGGAGGCUUGUGGAGAAGUAGAAAAUCUUCCAAGAGACAACAAAGGUGCUGUUUGUCAACUUCUUACCAGAGAAGAGCUGCUGUUGCUUGAUGCCUUGCAAGAAAUUGAAGGUGAAGUGAAAGCUGACUGGGCAGGCGAGACAAAUGUUGGUGAGGAAGUGGAUAACACUGUUAACUGGAACAAUCAAGACAGAGAAUUAUUACCUCCUUGUGUUGGUUUAGUGAAGACAGCUCAGAAGUGUGUGAAGAGGAUUGGCUCUGCUGCCAGAUCGAAUUCAAACUGUGAAACAGAUCAGAAUAUUGCACAGCUAGAUGAUUUAGCAACUUUAGUGCAGGGACUGAGCCCCAUAGUGGAUGACUUUGUGUCUUCCGUGUACCCACCAAUGAACAGGAAUGCUGUUAAAACAGAGGCACUGAAAGUGGCAAAGCAUUUACAACUUCUGCUAUAGUGUCACCUUUCCUGAUCAUAUCACUAGGCCAAAAUGAAAUUGCAUUCAAUCUGGGUACAAUGUUUUUGAAAAUCAUAAACAUUGGUAAUGUGUUGAUAUUUGCACUGCAAAAGACUGUUUAAGAUACAGUAUACUGGUUCAGCCCAGUUGCUAUUCAUCCCUAAAGAUGACAAAUAAUUGCAUGAAUAGUUAAAGAUUGAAUAAGUACUUACGUACCUGGAAUUUCUUUAAUUAUUUAAUUUUUCUUGCACUUAAGUCGCAUUUAUGCAAAGCAGUCAACGUUAAGAGACUGACUUGUCUUUUGUCCAUUUUUGUGUAUCUUGGUUGCAGGAAUUAUUGUAACAAACUUAAGGUUUGUUUCUUUAUAUCUUGUUAAUAAUUCUCUUUUUAAUAUACUGUCUACAUUCAGCCACAUGCUUCCAUUUUAUUUGCUAUGCAAAAAAUGAUCAUACCCAGACUAAUAUGGAAGUAAAACAACUACUGUGUCUUGUAGAACUUGUCCUUAACAGUGUUAGGAAACCUUAGAUGUUUCUUACAGAUUGAUUUGUUUCAUUUGAAGAAGAUUGUUUUUAAUGGAUGGUGUAAAUGUGGAGCAAAAGAGUUGUUCUAUAUAAGGAUGUAAAUAUUCCUUUUUAUAUCAAAAAAAGAUGAAAAGCCUUUACUGUGUAAAUCAACUUUUGUAAACUAUGUAAACAGAAGAAUGUAAUUAUAAUGCUAACUCUGUGAAUUAAAUGUAUU